AUGUUGCGCUUCCCAAAAGUGCACCACAGAAAGUAUAAAAAAGAAGAUGAAACUGAGAGAGAUUGGGUAGACUCCCACUUUAAAUACACUCCCCGAUACCAGAUCCUGGGGAACCCCUCGUCCGACCCAGCUAAACCCUCCGUCCACAUCCUCCCGGACGACUGUAUCGACCUCAUAUUCUCCUACCUCUCCUUCGAGGAGCUGGUGGUGGUGUGUGGUGUGUGUAAGAGGUGGUACAAUGGGUGCUUGUUCGCCUUCUCAAGGAGGGGUGAUAAACUCUUCAUGUUCAUGUUUAUGAAGUAUAUGAACACUAAAUACUUUGCUGGGACCAUGCCAAAACUUACCGAUAAAACAGACGAGGAGAUCCUAUCCUUACUUGAGACAGGCCAGAUAAAACAAUACACCCUAGACCGAGAACUGGAACCUCUGAGAGCAGUGCAGAUCCGACAACAGUUCCUUCUAUCAGACUACCCUGAUCAUAUCAGAGAUACUAUCCCCUACAAGCACUAUUCUAACUACGAGACUGCUACUAAAAGUUGCUGUGAAAAUGUUAUUGGUUACGUGCCCGUUCCUCUGGGUCUGGCGGGACCUCUUCUUAUAAAUGGGAGCGAGUAUAAUGUUCCCAUAGCAACUACUGAGGGAGCGCUGGUUGCUAGUUUGUCUAGAGGAUGCAGGGCUGUUAGAGAAAGUGGUGGAAUAGACAGUACUCAAACCUACUUCGGGAUGACCCGGGCUCCACUGAUCAAGUUCAGUUGCGGCAGGGCAGCAAAGCAAGCUGCUGAUUGGAUAUUAGAACCUGGUAAUUUUGAGAAAAUAAGGGCGCAGUUCGAGAGUACCAGUAGAUUCGCCAAGUUGAAGUCGAUUAAUCCGAAGCAAGCGGGAAAGUUACUGUUUCUGAGGGUAGUAGCCGCGACUGGUGAUGCAAUGGGUAUGAACAUGAUCAGUAAAGGCUGCGAGAAGAUGCUUCAGUUUCUUCAAACGGUUGACGUUUUUGAGAACAUGACUGUCCUUAGUAUAAGUGGUAACUACUGUGUUGACAAGAAACCGUCAGCAAUGAACUGGAUAAACAACAGAGGUUACAGCAUUUCCUGUGACGUCACUCUUAAGUGUGACGUCAUCAAAUCAGUUCUCAAGACAUCUGCUGGAGCUCUUGCGGAGUUGAACUCCUCUAAAAACCACGUCGGAUCCAGUCUUGCUGGCUGCAUAGGUGGUAAUAACGCACACGCUAGUAACAUAGUAGCAGGUAUUUACCUAGCAACAGGACAGGACAUAGCGCAGGCAGGGACCAGUUCCAUGGCAAUGGUGAAUAUGGAAUGUUUGGAUCGGGGAGACCUGUAUGUCAGUGUCACUAUGCCUUGUAUUGAGGUAGGCACAGUUGGUGGAGGAACCUCACUGGCUGCUCAACAAAAUAACUUACAACUUCUAACCAGCACCCCGGACGUGAACAUUAAUGCUGCUUUAUUAGCUCAGGUGGUAUGUGGAGCAGUGUUGGCUGGUGAGAUAUCCCUUCUCUCCGCUCUCUGUUCUGGAGACCUGGUUAAGUCUCACAUGCAACUCAAUAGAGCAGAGAGGUAGCGUAACGGUGGACUGAAUAUGGAGUAUAUAGGUAGCGUAACGGUGGAAUGUUUUGGUGAGGACUAGGGCUAUUUGUUAUUCUUAUGAUUUGUGUAUGAUUUCUUUUAUUCA